UGUAUCUUGGAAGAAAAGGAAUGUAAAGUUUGUGGGGAUAAAAGGAUUGUUACCUUCUCUCAUAAAGCCUUUACCAGAACAACAGUUGAUAAAAUGGUUGUAACUCCUAAUCCGCUAGAAUCCUUCAUCGACUGGCUUCUAGAUGAACUUCCACAGGAAUUUGAUACUUAUGCCUUUUCCCACUUUGGUGGACGUUUCGACAUGGUAAUUGUCUUCAAGGAAAUAUUUUUGAGAGGUGAAUUUUAUUUAAUAAAAGAAAAUAGGAAAAAAUUUUAA